GACCCUUCCCCCGGACUUCUCCCCUCCCCGCGGGGGUCCCCGGGCGCAGGGGGGCGCCCCUCCCCCACCCCGCGUCUGCGCAGCCGCAGUCCGCGCAGUGCCCGCUCUGCAGCGCGGACCGGCGCGAGGGGAGGGACUGGACUGGAAAAGGAGGAGGAGAAGCCUGAAUUCACACCCCACACCUCCCGGGGAGAUGCAGAGCCUCCGGCCCGAGCAGGCUCGGGGCCUGCUGGAGCCCGAGAGGGUGAAGACACUGCUGCCUUGGGAGAGCCGGGCCUGGGAGAAGCCGUCGCAUCUCACACUCACCAAGGACUGGGAGGCUGUGGAGGUUGGGGCCUCUGGCUAUGAUGGUGAAGAGAAAGACCUGUCUUCUCAAGAGUCUGGGCUGUCCCAGGAGUGGAGCUCGGUGGAGGACGAUGAGGAGUCAGAGGACUCCCAGGGCUUGGUGGAGUGGUCUAAAGCCCCACAACAAACGACCAUAGUGCUGAUAGUGUGCGUGCUUUUCCUGUUCCUGGUUUUAACGGGGAUGCCUAUGAUGUUUCACAUCUAAUUACCCCAGCGGACGUUGUUUUCAGCUAGCUGCCUGUGUCAUGUUAAGAGAAUGUUUUGGUUAAAAAUCAGGAGUGGGUUCUGAACAUUAUCAAAUGCCUUUCCAGCAUUCAUGGAGAUGAUUUUUUAAAAGAACUUUUAGUAUGAAGUUUUACAUUACUGUCUUUCAUUAAAAUUAAGACAUCAUUGGCUGUAGAACAUGUAUUAUUUUAUAUACACUGAGAAAGAAAAAAUGCUAACUAAUUGUAAAUUGCCACCUCCUAACCUCAGAGAAGGUAGAAAAAAUGUGCAAUUUAAAAUCAGUGAAAUCUAAUAGGUUUCCUAUCAAACCAUUUUUGCAUUCUAGGGAUUGUGGUGUGCUAUCUUUUCAUACACUGAAUUACUUUUUCUUAAUAUUUUAUGUAAGAUUCUUGCUCUGUCUUCAUAUAUGAGAUGGGUGCUAUUUUUUGAGAAGUUUUGAUGUAAUGGAUCAGCCUGCUUCAUGGGAACAUUUGAGUAACACUUACCCGGUUCUGUGUCUCUCAAUCAUUUUUAUAGCUUGAGAAUUUCAAGCUCUCGGCAUUUAAGAAGAGUCCAUAGGGGUCUUAGAGCCCUGGAGGGGGAGUUUCAGCUAAUUCUUGGUCAGCUUUCUCAGUUCCCACUUAUCAUCAGUUUGCUAAUACUUUUUAGUCCUUGGAUUCAUUUUGAUAAUUUGUAAUGUUCUUUUUCCCCUAAAGAAUUUUUUUAGUUCCAUAGUUUUGCAAAUUAUUAUCUAAUUAUACACAUUAUUUUAUAAUUAAAUAGAAACUUUCUUUUUAGCAUGUUGUGUCUCCAUUCUCAACUUCUCUGUGUGGUUUACCUGUUAUUUGAUUUAUCAAAGGAUUAGGUAGUAUUGUUUUGCCAAAGAGCUAGUGUUAGGAUCUAUUUAUAGCCACUAUUUCUCUUAAUUAUAAUAGUUUUUUUUUACUAUAUGUUGUUUGUUUUAUUUUUAUUCUUUGUUUCAAUUUUUAAGUUGAGUGUUUAUGUGGUCUUCAUAUUUGCCAUAAUAGCAUACUUCCUACAAAUGUAUUUCUGGACAUAGCCUUGGUUACAUCUUAAAGAUCAAUGAUGUACAUUCUUGUGUUGUUUUUGUAAUGUUCUUAGAGAGUGCUUUCAAGCUCAGUAGUUUUUUUCAUUAUUUUGUUAAAAAAUAGCUUCAUGUUCUUGUUUUAUUGCACUGUGAAUAGAGAAUGUGACCUAUAAAUAUCUGCUUUCAAAAUAUUUUAAAAAGCUUUUACUAUAGCCUAGAAUGUAUCAAAUUUUUGUAACUGUCUCAUGGACAUCUAAGAUGAGUAUGUAUUCUGUGUAGAAAAGUCUGUAUAUCUUUUAGUUAACUCAGUCUCCUCAAAUAUAUUGUUCAGAUUCAUGUUAUUUAAUGUUGAUUUACUGUAUCUCUCAAAAACCAAUAAGAUUAUGUGAAAAUGUUAGUCUGAUUGGUUUAGCAAUAUAUUUUUGUAGCAUUUGUGUUACAUAUUCAACAGCUGUGUAAUUUGAUGCAAAUAGUGCAGCAUUGUUGUGUCAUUGUCUAUUAAAUAAUCUAUAUAAAAUACCAAGCACAGUUCCACAGUAUUAAGUAGGCACACAAUAAACGUUACUUAAAAGCA